AUGGGCAGCUGGUCAUUUACCUCGUUCCACCCAAAGUAUCAUCCCACGGAUUAUUUGCAUGAUGUUUUCAGAGAUAUUAAAAUUGGAUUGCAUCUCCACGUUCUUUCUCAACAACUGAUUAUAACACAGAUCCAACAGCAAGACGGCAAACUCUCCGCCGCCGAAAAUCAACUGCUCGAAGCCUCAAACACGCGCAACGAAACAAGCAAGGCCCUCGAGGCAGCUCAGAAGAGACAACAGGAGGCGGUUGAAAAGCUUGCCAGAGAGCGAGUCACAUACAGCAACGGCCGCAAGGAGUUGGGCACGCUGCGCAACACGCUCAACUCGACGAUCGCCGAACUUGCCAGCACUCACAAGACAAUCGAAUCGCAGUCCACUGGCCUCAUAACCCUCCAAGUCGAAGUGCACCGCCUGCAAACCUGCCUCGACACCUGCGAAGAACAGCGCAAGCAAGAAGCCCUCAUGCACCAAUCCUGGGUCCGCCACUCCCUCUCCGCCAGCUCCGCCACCCUGGCCGAGAUGCGCAACCUCCGGGACCAAGUCACGUCGAUGCGCCAGCGCUGCGAAGUCUGGUACAGCAUGUAUCGCUCCACGCAUGCCACCAUGGAGAAGCAAAUCGCCGACAUGACAUCCGCCCUGAACCAAGCCAGCGCCAAGAACGGCGAGCUGACCUUGCUCAACGACGACCUGAAGCGCGAGGCUGAAAAGCUUCGAGCCAAGUUUACGAGCCUGGAAGAUGAUUUUGCGCUGCUGAGGGAUGAGAAGUGGUCGCUUGAGGGCGAGCUUGAGAAGAUGUUGGUUGAGCUUGCAGAGUUCAGGGCGACUAAGUGGUGGAAGGUGAGGACGGGGAAUGAGGAUAGUGACGAGGAGGAGGAGACGGAGGAUUCUGCCAAGGAGGAUAGGUAUGAUGAUGACAAGGAGAAGAAGGGCAAGGAGAUGGAUAAGGCUAUUACGGAUAUGGUUGAUUCGAAGCUGGAUACUACGGUUAAGAAGGAGCAGGAGGUGGAAAACGAGGAGGAGCAGGUCGAGGGUGAUGACAGCGACGACAACGAGGACGACGAGUCUGCCGAUACGAAGAGUUCAGAGGGUGAUGACGAGUCCGAGGACGAGGUGAAGAGCCUGGAUGCCAGUGACAAGUCUGAGGUUCCCCAGGUCUCCAGUCCAAUGCCUGGGGUGCAGCUUUAUUGGGAGAGAAAAAUGGUUGGGGAUGAUGAGGACGAGAAAGAGGAUGACGAGGACGAUGAGUGUAAGUAUGAUGAGUACGAUGAGUACGACGAGUACGACGAGGAUGCGUACGAUGACGAGGAUGAGCACGAGGAUGAGGAUGAGCACGAGUAUGAGUUUGUGGAUAAGUUUGAUUAUUAG